AUGCAUUUAACAAGACCUAAAUCCUCCAAAGGACGAAGCAGGCCCGCUGUCAACACCUCUCUGUAUGGAGGUGACACAGACAGACCACCUGAGUCUGGAUUAAGUAGGCCUGAUAAAACCCUGCGCUCCCAGUCUCAGCCCAUAAUGUGGCAGGCCGGCCAGCUGAGCCAAGAUCAAGUCCUGCAGAUGUUGCAACAAGCCCCUGCUGCCCUUCCACAGUCUUUAAACAAGUACAAGGUGCUCCCAUCCAUCGAGAGGAGGAGGUCAGAGGCGAGUCCUGCAAGAAAUCUGGAUAAACAGAUGUCAAAGCUGCACCUCAGCUUUGAGGUGAACAAGAGAUCUGAUGGGAUUCAACCUCCUCCUGAUCCAGACACAAAAAUAACCAAAGAGAUACAAGAAGAUGGCUCUUUUGGUAGUUUGCUGUUAGCCAUCAGGGCCCCAUGUGGGAGGAGGUAUCAGCAGCACUUUGACCCCUCAGACGCUCUGUGGAAGGUGAGAGCCAGCGCAGAGGCCAGGUACGGGACCAGGUACGGAGAGGUUUCCGUGGAGACCAUGGACGUGCCACGCAGGACCUUCACAGACAUGGAUAUGACUUUGGGCCAGUGUGGCAUCGUGAACAGAUCCGUGCUGUGCAUCUCUCAGACUGACAGCGAGGUGGAGCAGGAGAGAGUCUGA